AUGUCCGUUAAAGUUAUUAAUCCGCAAGUCGCAUGGGCUCAAAGGUCCAGCACCACUGAUCCAGAAAGAAAUUAUGUUUUAAUGACUGUGUCAAUUGCUGACUGUGAUGCCCCUGAAUUAACAAUUAAACCAACUUACCUAGAAUUAAAGGCUCAAUCAAAGCCUCAUGUUGGCGAUGAGACUGUCCAUCACUAUCAACUACAUAUUGAUCUAUACAAGGAAAUCAUACCUGAAAAAACGAUGCAUAAAGUUGCCAAUGGCCAGCACUACUUUCUAAAAUUGUACAAGAAGGAUUUAGAAUCCGAAUACUGGCCACGUUUGACAAAGGAAAAGGUAAAGUACUCUUAUAUUAAGACUGAUUUCGAUAAAUGGGUUGACGAAGAUGAACAGGAUGAAGUUGAAGCUGAAGGUAAUGAUGCCGCUCAAGGCAUGGACUUCAGCCAAAUGAUGGGAGGCGCUGGUGGCGCUGGUGGAGCUGGUGGUAUGGAUUUCAGCCAAAUGAUGGGAGGUGCCGGAGGUGCCGGUGGUAUGGAUUUCAGUCAAAUGAUGGGAGGUGCCGGUGGUGCCGGUGGUGCCGGUUCCCCCGAUAUGGCUCAAUUACAACAAUUACUGGCUCAAAGUGGUGGUAAUUUGAAUAUGGGAGAUUUCAAAGAGAACGAUGAAGAAGGCGAGGAGGAUGAAGUAGAACCUGAAGUGAAAGCCUAA